GGUCCGGUCCCAGCUGAAGAGAGAGUAAUCUCUGUUUUCUGCUCUAACAUGGCGGUCUCCUCCAGCAGCACCCCUCUGUCCCGGACCUCCAGCCCUCCCACCGACCUUCUCUUCCACUCCGAUCCGCUCUACAGCGUCCCAAACACGGCCAACUCCCCGCGUCUACCCCGCUGCCUGGCCGGAGCUUUCCUGAGCGGUGAGAGCGGCAGAGUCCCAGCCAAUGUGAACGGGCAGAGCGGCAGCGGAGGCGGCGGCGCUUCUUCUUCUUCUUCUUCUUCUUGUUCUCCGCAGUGUAAAAUGGUGGAAGUUCACGGCGUGCAGGUGGCGUCGUUCCCGGUGAACGGAGUGGACCUGAUCUGCCUCCCGCAGGUGUUCGAGCUGUUCCUGAAGCACCUGGUGGGCGGGCUGCACACCGUGUACACCAAGCUGAAGCGGCUGGACAUCUGCCCCGUGGUCUGCACCGUGGAGCAGGUGCGCGUGCUGCGCGGGCUCGGUGCCAUCCAGCCCGGAGUCAACCGGUGCAAGCUCAUCACCAGGGCCGACUUCGAGACGCUGUACCGGGACUGCACCAACGCCAGAGUUUUCAGGGGAAGACGUCUUAAAUCGGCUGUUUUUAUCAGGGAGUUUGGUGCAGUGGAGAGAGAGAGAGAUAAUAAAAGCUCUCGGCCGGGACGUCCUCCCAAGAGGACUCUGGGCGUGGCCACGAUGACGGACAGCUCCAGACUCCUCCCACACGGGCUGAUAAGCCCCGCCCUGCUGACACACACAGGACUGACGGCGGCGAUGGCCGAAGCUCUGAAGCUGCAGAAGAUGAGGAUGAUGAUGGGUUUCCACGGCAACAGCGACCAGCAGCACCGGCAGAACAACGGCGCAGAAUCGGAGAACGACGACACAGGAGGCAGUGAAGCAUCCUGGGAGAAGGAGCAGCGCCUCCUCUCUCCUCCUCUGCAGCAGCACCGUCUGUCAGACUUUCCUUUCAUGGUCAUGCCGCACCCCCUCCUCCCUGUGGGUCUGCCCUCCGCCAGCGUCGCCAUGGCAAUGAACCAGAUGAGUCAGAUGAGCGGAUUCGCCAACAUGGCCGCCGUGUCGCACGUUCAGAUAGAAGACAGCAAGGAGUUUCCUCCAGGAAGCCCCUCCCCCUGCCCCUCCUUCAGUGAUGACGAGCUCCGCCCCCAAGAACCAACCAGCCAAUCAGCUUCCAGAGCUUCUUCAUCAUCGUCAUCAUCACCUGCAGCACUCACACCUCCGCUCGAUGGAGACACCGUGGAGCCAGAAAACAGCUUCAAGAAGGAGCCGAAAGAGAAAGACGACAGCCUGUUGCCCCUCCCCCUCCUCAAACCGACCUAUGAGAAGCUGCCGCUCGCCUCUCAGCCGCUGUCAGUCAAACACGCUAACCCCGCCUUCACUCCGUUCCUAUUGGCCGAGGGUCUAUCCUCCAUGGAGACGCUGCUCACCAACAUACAGGGUCUCCUGAAGGUGGCGCUAGAGAGCGCCCGCUCUCAGACCAAACAGAGCCAGCUGGAGAGGAAAGAGUUAAAGCUGCAGCUGGAGAGAGAGAGAGACGCUCGGCACACAGUGCAGAGACAACUCAGCUCAGAGCUGCAGGCUACAGUGUGGAUCCAGCGGCGGCUGAAGAAAGAGAAGAAGGCGAAGAGGAAGCUGCAGGAAGAGUUAGAGCUCCACCGAUACUCAGUGAUUCCUGACAAAGAAGAGAACAAGCAGCAAAACUCUGCAGCUCAAGAGAACCGACCGUUCAACAAACCUCCGCUGCUCUUCUGACAGCAGAGAUUAAAGGAUGAACUGAUGAAAGGAUGAACUGAUGAAAGGAUGAACUGAUGAAAGGAUGAACUGAUGAAAGGAUGAAACAAUAAACGGCUGAAACUCCUGAAAAAGAAAACCAGAUGAUGGAUAAAAGACUACAAAAGAUGAACUGAAACAUUCUUCCUACUUCCUGUUUGUGACGAUUGUUAUGAUCCAUAUAUUUAAAGAGAUGGAGCGUUGUGUGAAUAUGAUUGGACAGUCUGAAGGGGGAGGAGCUACAUGACUACCUGUGAUGUCAUUAGAUGACGCUCCUGUUGGCCCCGC